AUGAGCUUGGAAGCAAUAAAGUACGAGCGGGGAAGCUUGGAGAUCUUGGAUCAGCUGAAGCUCCCAUUGAUUUCUGAGUACAUCAGAAUAAGGACGAUCGAGGAUGGUUAUCGGGCGAUCAAGCAGAUGAAUGUCCGUGGGGCACCGGCGAUCGCAAUUGUUGGAUGUCUAAGUAAAUCUUUGACAAACCAAAAGCAAGUUGAUAGAAAAGAGUUCGAAGACGAAAAUUUAUUGAAAACUUUCGUUGUUGAUGGGUUCAACAGACUUGUUUCAGCCCGUCCAACUGCUGUAAACAUGACAGAAGCAGCUCAAAGAUACUCUCAAGUUGAUUCCUGGCUAGUUAGAGGAGAUCUCAAAGCGUCAAAGACGAGGCUCCUUGCCAAGCUUGAAUCGGAGAUGGAAGCUGACAUCAAGACCAACAAGCUUAUCGGUGACCACGGCGCUGAAGAGAUUCGAAAGAUCGUUGGCGAACAAGUUACAAUCCUCACUCAUUGCAACACCGGCUCGCUAGCUACGGCUGGAUACGGAACUGCUCUAGGCGUCAUUAGAAGUCUCUAUCGAGACAAAGCUCUUUACCAUGUCUUCUGUACUGAGACGCGCCCUUAUAAUCAAGGGUCGCGUCUGACAGCGUACGAGCUGGUUUAUGAAAAAAUCCCGGCAACGUUGAUUGCCGAUUCGAUGGUCAGUGCUGCGAUAAAAGAAAAAGGCAUAAAUUGCAUUGUUGUUGGAGCUGAUAGAGUUGCGAAAAAUGGCGACAGUGCCAAUAAAAUUGGGACUUUUCAACUUGCCGUUGUUGCGAAGCAUUUCAAAAUCCCGUUUUACAUUGCUGCUCCUUUCACUACCAUUGAUUUCAACUGUGAAAGUGGAGAUCAAAUUGUGAUUGAAGAAAGAUCUCCAAAAGAGUUGACUAAAAUAGGCGGGAAACGAAUUGCAGCUGAAGGAAUCAAUGUCUGGAACCCAGCAUUUGACGUGGCUCCGGCGGAAUUGAUCGAAGGAAUCAUUACUGAGAGAGGAGUUUUCAAGCCAGACGAGCUCAAAAACCAGAUGAAUGUUGAGUAA